AGACGUGUGUCGUACACGACGUUGACGUAAGAUUUUGAUAGUCGUAUCAAUAGAUGAACGUAUACAUAGACAUCCAUCAACCACUGACAGCUGAGAAAAUGAAGAAAGAAUAAAAUACAACUUUAGACAUGUUUAAGCGACGCCUGGAGGCACAACAGUAAGAAACUAGUCAGAUAAUAUCGUGAAGGCUUUGGAUUCGGUGACAGGGGAAAAAAGUAAAGUGAAAGGGACUUUUUAAAUUUUGGAAUAAUUCCAAGCCAAAGGAUGGCAUGGUUACAGUUUUUCCGUGCAAGAGACUUCGCGCUUUUUGUGUUACUUUUAUCAGUGACAAUAGAGGCAAGAAUGAAACGUGGGCAAUAUAAAUUCUUGGAAUCAUUUUGUACUGGACCAGAAAUUUAUGUACAAAUACCAUGGGAUUGUUCGGGAUAUGUGCAGUGUUCAAAUUUAGGUGGUGAGCGUGCCGCAUAUUGGAUAGAAUGUGCCCAAAACUUAUAUUAUAGUAACGAAAAGAAAACUUGUACGUGGCCGGUAGAAUUCUCAAAACCCUGUCCACCACUCAAAGAUGUCAUAGAACAGUAUUGUAUGGACCAUCCUAAUAUACGAUUCCAGAGUCCAGACCACUGUGCACAGUACUAUGAUUGUCGGGACGCAUCAUUUACCCCAGGGCUGGGCCCCUUCCUAAAAGAAUGUCCCUUCCCCCAGCUUUAUAAUCCAACUACAAAUAAGUGCACAACAAGAUCUUCUGUGAAUUGUAUGGACAGAUUCACGCCAACAAAUAAAUGUGACUAUGUUCAACACGCUGGUUCCGGUGCCAACUGCGAGGUUAUAAGUACGCCAGGGUGCAGCGGUAUGCCGGAUGGUCCAAACCCCUAUCCCCAACGGCUCUUGACAGAAUUCUACCUAAUGUGCCGAGGCAAUAGAACCAUCAGCACAAAGACAUGUACAAAUGGUGACGUGUUCGAUCCAAUAAAAAUGAUGUGUACCAAAGAUGUAGAUAUGUUAUCCAUAGAAAUAUACUGUGCCCAACAUUUGAAUGAAAAAGUAGCGAAUCCUGCUAACUGUGCUCGCUUUAUUGACUGUCGUCCAGCAGCCAUCCAUCCAGAAUUAGGUCGUCACCAGGGGGAAUGUACAUAUCCUAAAUUAUACUCUACCAUGACGUCUAAGUGUGAAAAUUUCGAACAAGUCCAGUGUCAGACAAGAUACGAGCCCAAAUCCCCAUGUGAAUACGCAACCACAAUCGGCGGUAGCACAAUGCAGAAUUGUAUUGCAACCUAUUAUACCUGUGUUGGACUUCCCGAUGGCGCAAAUCCGAUCCCCGGCGGCGGCAUAAACACCAAAUACAUUAUGUGCCGUUCUGAUAGAGUGAUAGACGUCAAAACCUGUCCAAAUGGCAACACGUAUGACUCUAUGUUGAGAAUAUGUACACAGACUGCCGAGCAGGGAUUGGUGGCUCGUCAGUGUCAACAGAAUCCGAAUGCUUUACUUCCGGAUCCUGAUAACUGCGCGAGAUAUUUCAACUGCAGCCAGACAAUCACGCAACCAAGUCUCGUGAAGUAUCAGGCGGAGUGUGACUAUCCGUUACUUUACAACACACAGACAGCGAUGUGCGACGAUUUCGAAGUUGUGAAUUGCGGAACUAGGAUGGAACCUAAAGCCCCGUGUGACUAUCUGUCAACUACAACAAAGUGCGAGGGUCCGCUGUGUGCCUUGCCAUGUCUUGAACGUUCUCCAAGCUGUGUUGGUAUGCUCGACGGAAACAAUACGUACCCCGGAAGAGAUUUAUCUCCCUUUUACAUGACCUGUCUAGGGGAGAGAACUCAGACUGUAGGAAUUUGCAGAUUUGGAGUUUACGAUCCUACUUUAAGAGCCUGUACAACGGAGUUGGACCCAGUGUCAAUCCAGGACUUCUGUACCAAAAAUCCAACAGGAAUUAUCCCACAUUACACCAACUGUGCACGCUAUUACAACUGCAGUACAGCCGCUCUCACACCCGCGGGUAACAGCUAUCUACAGGAGUGCCUCUAUCCCCAGCUCUUCAACCUGGAUGCGCUGACGUGCGACCCGUACCAGACAGUGCAGUGUACUUUCAGAUUUGAACCCAAAGGACCAUGUGAAUACCUACAAAACCAAGUAUGUCCGGAUGGUUCAACAAAUUGUCUCCCCUGUAACCAAAGAAUUCCAAGCUGCAAUGGCCUUGAAAACGGCAACGAAUCAUUUGUAGGACGAGAUAAUUACUACAUCGUAUGUCAAGACGAAAGGACACUGUAUGUCAGGGAAUGUGUUGGAGGAAAGUUCGAUCCUCUGAGCCGGAGCUGCAAGGCUCCUCCCCCUGGUCCUGAAUUUGAUAUAAAUAACCCCGCAAGAUAUUGCGCGGCAUAUCCGACAGACGUCGUCGCGAGUCCAUUGUCAUGUGCCCAGUAUGUUGACUGCGCUUCUCAGAUUACCAAGCUCGGAAACUACAAAAAGGAGUGUCCAUAUCCACAACUGUUCGAUGACAGUCUGAAGAGCUGUUUACCUUAUAAUGUAGUCAACUGUCUAAGUAGAUUUGAACCAAAUGAUCCCUGCGAAUAUGAGGCGAAUCUAAGAUGUCCGGAUGUCGGCAAUUGUCUACCGUGCCGCGAUCGUUACGUCUCAUGUAAAGGUAGCCCGAAUGGGAACUUCAGUAUCCCUGGACGUCCUUCAGAAUAUAAGAUCUGCUUAGAUGAACGCACCAUAGAGGUCAGAAAGUGCGCCGGAAAUGGAGUUUAUGAUCAGACACUCGGAGGCUGCCAGAUUUCAUUUGAUCCAGCCGCUCCCGCGCCAUACUGUUCUGUUUAUCCGAACGCAUUGAUGGCAAAUCCCGCCAACUGUGCCCAAUUUUACGACUGCCGUCAACAGAAAACAAUAUUCGGAAAUUAUCUUCGGGAAUGUCCGUAUUUGCAGUUGUACUCAGAAACAGACAAAACGUGUCACAGUUUUGAGAGCGUAACAUGUGGAGUUAGACCAGAGCCAAAAGCACCAUGCGAGUAUCUUCAAAAUCAACAGUGUUACGAUCCAAAUGGUUGCCUUCCUUGUGAAAGUUUGAAACCCAGCUGCAAGGGACUCCCCAACGGUAACAACACAUUCCCUGGCAAAGUAAAGGAAUAUAUAGUAUGUGCGGCUGAAAGGACCAUUGCCAUGGAAACAUGUCAAUAUGAUUAUGAUCCUAACCAAAGAAAGUGUGGGCAAGAUAUGACCAAUCCACUUAUAUAUUGUUCCGUGCUACCAACUGACAAGUUGAUGCACCCUACCCGCUGUGGGCAGUAUUACGACUGUUCGAGACCCAACAGUCGGUUCGGUGAGAUGUACCUACAAGAAUGCCCUUACCCUGCUCUGUAUCACGCACCUUCCAAAGCAUGUCUUGAUUUCACUGAGGUUACCUGUGGAAGCCGGGUGGAGCCCAUUGCACCAUGUGACUACAUGUCCAACGGUUGUCAGGGUAGAGGUCCUGGUUGUCUCCCAUGUACAGAAAGGUUUGUGUCUUGUGCCGGCCGACCCGACGGUAACAACAGCUUCCCAGGCCAGGAUAUGACCCGGCGGUAUGUCGUGUGCCAGACUGGACGAACAGUUGGCGAUGGAGUCUGUAGUUCAGGAUACUUUGAUCCAGUCAGGCGUAUAUGUGCCACAAGAUUAGAUUCAGUUUCCAUCCAGCUAUUCUGCCAGCAAAACCCAAAUGUCAUUCUUGCGAACCCCCUAAAUUGUGCACAGUAUUUUGACUGUACACCUCAGAGUGUUACAGAGGGAACGUUUUUGAGGGAAUGUCCUUACCCGAUGUUAUUUUCACAAGAGACGUUAGUGUGCCAGGAUUUUACUAAUGUGACAUGUGGACUUCGUAUGGAACCCUCGGAGCCGUGCCAGUAUCUUCAAAAUAUUUGCGAUCCAAGACAACCAGGCUGUACACCAUGUCAACAGAAGUUUCCCAGUUGCAGCGGUCUCCUUGACGGCGACAAUGCUUAUCCUGGUAGGGAGAUGACAGCGGACUACAUUCAGUGUAAACAGGGACGUACUCUUGCUACUCUCAAAUGUUCUGUGGGAGUUUUCUUCCCUGAUAGGAGAGAAUGUAACGUGGUUCUUGACGAGCAGAUGGCCUCUCAAUAUUGUCAGGCAAACCCUACAGAGAUUUUACCCCAUCAGUCAAACUGUGCCCAGUAUUAUGACUGCCGACAAGCCGUCGGCGGGAGCUACCUUAGAGAGUGUCGGUACCCACAGUUGUUCAUGGAAGCCAACCAGACAUGUAGAAAUUUCUCUGACGUUACCUGUGGGCUUAGACGAGAACCCCAAGCCCCAUGUGAAUAUUUACAAACUCAGUGUCUGCAAAACGCUGUCAACUGUACACCGUGUCCCGAGCGUCUACCGAGCUGUAUUGGACUACCGAAUGGAAACAAUCCUUUCCCCACCAGACCAAGCUCACAAUACUAUGUGAAAUGUUUCCAGAAUAGAACAGUUGCUGUUGAAGUGUGCCAAGUAUCCCUGUUUGAUCCAGUCACGCGAGAAUGUUCUAAUGUGAUUGAUGCAAAUGUGCUCAGUGGCUUCUGCCAAGAAAAUCCUUCUGUGCUAAUUCCCGAUCCCCUACAUUGUGCCCGAUACUACAAUUGUAGUGAUCAAGGUGUCCAAACAGGCCUUGGAAUACCUCAUUUACAGGAGUGUAAAUACCCCCGACUGUUCGGGUAUGGAGCAACCUCUUGUCAACUCUUCACCGAAAUACAGUGUGACACACGUUAUGAACCAAAAGCGCCCUGUGAAUAUGUAGAAAAUCAGUGUUUCAACACAACGUGUGAACCAUGUGAACAAAACUACCCAAGUUGCGUCAGUAAACAAGAUGGCAGUAAUAUAUUUCCGGGAAGGGAGGCAACUGAGUACUAUAUCGUCUGUUACAAAGAUAGAACAGUCGCCAUCGUCACGUGCACAACCGGAUUUUAUAACCAUGCAACACGGUCUUGCGAAGCUUACAAUCCGCAAACUGGAGCAGUGGCUGGCUCUGGCAGUGUACUAUAG